AUGACGACCCCGCCGCCAUUUACAAGAGCGCUACCUCCCACGACGCCAACAACACCAUCUCCUGGUACCCAGAAACCCAGAUACCAUCUCCGAAGUCGCAAGCGACAAAAGCCGCUGGCCCAGCGGAUCCCGCAAUCAGCCGCUCCAACGCCCAUCGUAUGGCCGGUCGAACUGUCACGAAACAACAACGGAGAGCGGCAAAAGAUCCAGAUCGAUCCAGACUGCGCCGCCGGUCUCCCGCGGUUUUUUACCCUGCCGCUGGAUAUUCGCCGCCAUAUUUAUGGUAUUAUGCUCGAGGAUGCGGGAAAGGACCAACAUAUAUUUUGCCCGUCUGUUGCGCGCCGCGGCGUCCCGAAUCAGCUUCAUCUGCAAUACCUGCAGCACAUGAGAUGUUCGGGAUCAGAAACACGGUCGUGCGGCCACCACGAUUGCGAACGCGCCAGCGCAGCAAGCAAGGACAGCCCAAGCACAGAUCGCAGUCUCGGAGACUUUGUGUCCUUGAUGACGACUUGCAAAUUUGGAUACCAAGAAGUCGCCCACUUCCUAUACAGCCAAACGCGCUUCCAUUUUGCCAGCUUCCGCGAGCUGGGCGCGUUUCUGGACUGGAUCAACCCUGAAGCCGCGCUCUGCAUUCGCCAGGUCACCUUCGUUGCUCACAUUCACCCCGAUGACAACGAACACUGCCAGGAGCUCAUUAACGGCAAUUUCUUCCGCACCCCGGACAGCAUCGAGGAUGGCGAAGGUGACCAUGUGGCGCUUUUCCGGCGCAUGACCAACCUGCAGACGCUGAACAUCAACUUCUACCCGAGCGCUAUGCUGGCGUUUUCGACGACGCUGUCGGCGAUGAUGGAACCGCUUGAGGGGUUGGCGCAGGACAUCAGUGCGACGGUCAACGUGGACAUCCCCAGGAUGUACUACAGGAAGGGGAAGAAAGGCAACGGGUUGCCUUUUGUGGGGGAUCUGGAGAAGAAGAAAAAGACGUACAUUCUGACAAGGUCAACGGUCCAGGUUGAAGGUUCGGCGGCGAUUGGGUGCCAGGCGUAUCGGAGGUUCUAG